ACAGCAACAGCCACAACAAGACACUCACUACUAUUCCCACAACACAACAUUAGCGUACUCUGUUUUACUCUCUAUCUCUCUCUCUCUGUCUCAGCCAACAACACAACAAUCAAUGUACGCUGCAUCAACCAUGAAAUCCAUGUACAAGCCUCCAUUGCCCAGAUCUCCAAUUCGCCUUCGACCCUCUCAUGCUGUUCAUUCAUCAAACUCUAUCGCUCUUCAAACCCCACCAGGUUCCUUGACCAAAUCUCAGAAACCUGUUAUCUCUCCAAACAUGCGACCCGAAUACCGCACCAUUUCGUGCGAAUUACGGGCUCUGACCAAGAUGGUUCGUGAUGAAUUCAGCAAAGCCAAUUCAGAGAAAGCGGCGAGCGCAAAUUCGAGUGUUCUGUUCGAGAGAGGGAGAUUCUACGAUGAGUAUUCCGCUAGAAGGAACGAGAGGCUCAUGAGAAAGAAGGGAGUAACCGCUGUUGAUGAAGGUAAGGCUAAACCUGUUCACUCUCUUGGAGUUACCAUGGAAUCUGGAAAGAAGAGUAGUAGUGUGAGAAAGAUGGGAACUUUGAGGAAAUCUAUCUCUGCGGCUUAUUCAUCUGGAGUGAGUGAAACACCAAGGUACAUGCUCAGAAGCAUGACUAAGGAAAAUAAGAAACCCCCUCUUGCUGCAAAAUUUGACAAAUCUGUUGUUGCUGGAGACAAGAAGAUGGGAACAAGAGCAAGAAGGAUCUAAACCUAAUAGGGUUUUAAUUAUUUUUUGGGGAGGGGGUAUAUUGAGAACUCGGUUUAAUUUGAUGUUUAGGGUUGAAUCUUGUUCUCUUGGUUUAUAGUUUGUUAAUUUUACUUUUAAAUAUCAAUGGAUCGUUACAGUUUAUUUGAAAUCAUCUUCUUUGUGAUUCAGGUAUGAUAGUAUAUACAUCCAUUUAUAUGU